UAAAAGCUUUCAACAUACCUUUCAUCCUAUUUUUUAUUUUUCUCAAGCAUAAAAUUUAGGAUAAAAGGUCUCAUAUGUAGUGAUUGUUGUUUUAAUUUUGAAUACACCAAUUUAGGUGAAUACUUGGAGUUCUGUAAGUGGAUUUCUUUCGUAGCACGAAUACUCGCAGUUUUUAUUGUUAUAUAAUUUUCUCCAACAACAAAUAUAAUUACAAAAUAUAAAAGAAAAAUAUUUUUGAAAAUUCCUCGUUUUUAGGUAGAAAAAAUAGUUAAGCUUUGUCUCCGCCUUUCUUUGAUCUUCCGCAUUUACAUUAGACUGAAAAUGAAGUUUCAUAUAGCUAAGCUGCUUAUUGUAGACAAUUCAUACUAAAUAGAGAAAGUGACACUCAUACUUGUAAUUUAUAAAUUUGAGAAGCUAAAAGGGUUGAAACUAGCUACUACUAUGGAGGAAAUGCCUAUCUCUACAACACCUCCAACGGAGGAGGCCGAUUCGGUGCCGCAUCCGGUAGAAGCGCCACCAGCCCAAUACCACUCUCCCUCUUUGACACGUGUCCCUCUCAUCCCUACCUCGGCAGAAGACGGCGGUGACAAGAUUGAAACUACCUCGAAAACACCAAAAUCGUUGACACCAAGAAUUAGAACUCCGCGGUUCAUUACUCCCAUAGGAAGCCCUAUUAGAAGGGCUCUGAAACUCACUAGGCUAGACCCUCAAGAUGCUUGGCUUCCAAUCACUGAGUCAAGGAAUGGAAAUGCCUACUACGCUGCUUUUCACACUCUUUGUUCUGGCAUUGGAAUUCAAGCACUUGUUCUCCCAGUUGCAUUCACCAUUCUUGGCUGGACAUGGGGAAUUAUAUGCUUGGCUGUGGCAUUUAUAUGGCAGCUUUACACCUUGUACUUACUCGUACAACUUCAUGAAUCUCCCGAAACUGGGAUACGUUACUGCAGAUAUCUUCAACUUUCCCAUGCAACUUUUGGUAGCAAAUUAUCAAGGUUGUUAACCCUAUUCCCAAUAUUGUAUCUAUCUGGAGGAACAUGUGUGGCGUUGAUCAUCGUAGGAGGGUCAACGUCAAAAAUGUUCUUCCAGACAGUGUGCGGUGCAACGUGCACUGCCAAGUCCUUAACCCCGGUGGAGUGGUACUUGGUGUUCACGUGCACCGCCGUGCUUCUGUCUCAGCUACCCAAUUUGAACUCGAUCGCUGGGGUGUCCCUAAUCGGGUCUGUCACGGCAGUCGGCUACUGCACUCUGAUAUGGGUGGUGUCUGUGUCGAAGGGUACGCUUCCUGGUGUGUCAUACAACCCCAUAGAAGCCAAAACUGAUCUCCGCCAAUUUUUUGAUGUGCUCAACGCACUUGGAAUAAUUGCCUUUGCUUUCAGAGGCCAUAAUCUCAUACUCGAAAUCCAGUCCACAAUGCCAUCUAGUGAAAAGCAUCCAUCAAGAAUCCCAAUGUGGAGAGGUGUCAAGUUUUCUUACUUUCUCAUAGCAAUGUGCCUAUUCCCCCUUGCAAUAGGAGGCUAUUGGGCAUACGGUCAAAAGAUACCAGAACAAGGGGGUAUGCUAACAGCCUUGUAUGCAUUCCACUCACGUGACACAUCUCAAUUCAUCUUAGGCCUAACGAGCCUAUUGGUAAUAAUAAACGCCGUAAGUUCAUUCCAAAUAUAUGGGAUGCCAAUAUUCGAUGAUAUGGAGUCACUGUACACUAGGAGGACGAAGAAGCCAUGCCCAUGGUGGCUCCGCGCAGUUUUCCGGAUUAUGUUCGGAUUCAGCUGCUUCUUUGUGGCAGUGGCCAUUCCAUUCUUGGGGAGCCUAGCUGGUCUGAUUGGAGGAAUUGCCUUGCCUGUUACUCUAGCUUAUCCAUGUUUCAUGUGGCUCAAGAUCAAAAAGCCAAAGAUGUGUAGCUCAAUAUGGUUGCUCAAUUGGGCACUUGGCCUACUUGGUAUGGCUCUAAGUGUAUUUUUGACUGCGGCUGGUGUUUAUGUUAUCAUUGACACAGGUAUUCAUGCCAAUUUCUUCAAGCCUCAAUGAAAAAAAUUGGGCAAAGAUAUCAAUUAUAUUAUAUAUUAAGAUACCUGAAUAUAUGUAUACACACACAUUUCAAAAUCAAUUAAUCAUGUGUAAUAAGGAUUAUAACUUUUUUUUUUUUUUCAUUUUCCCUUGUUUGUUUCUAAUAUUGAGAAAAUUAUGAUAGAGAUUUUAUUAUAAUGGAAGAAAAUUAAAAUGUAUUACAAUUCUAUUGUAAAGUAAUAUAAGAAUUAAAAUAGAAAAUUGAUUAAAU